GGCUUGGGCAGGAAGGGGGUGAAAGUACCCAGUACUGAAGUGGUUAAAAAAAACUAAAUUCAGUUAUGGUUUACAUCUACUUUAACUUUGCCAGUGUGUGCUUCUCACAGAUGGAUUCAGGAAUAGAAAUACACCGGAGAGAUGUCUCCGUCCUCUGUAUUCUGCACAGGAACAUCAGAAGAUCCCUCAGGAUUAUCAGGAUAAAAACAUGACUAAAGAUGAAGAAGAGCCGUGUGUAAAGGCUGAUGAUCAAUGUAAAGAGGAGGAGAUCCCUCCAGAGAUCAGCACAGGCGGUGAAAUAGAAGAUGAUGACAUCAUAUCCAAUCCUUUGGAAGAAAACACCCUUACCCCAAUUCUUGACAAUGCAGAUCUCUCGUAUGAUCCGACUCAUUGCUCAUCUGACGUCGCUGAUCAUACAGCUCGUAUUGGAAGUAAAACAUUCUUGUGUUCCAAUUGGAGUAAACUUUUUUUGCAGAGAGAGGACCUCCCUCUCCCAUUACACCAGGGAAGUCCCGCUACAGGAAAGACAUAUUCGUGUUCUGAAUGCGGAAAAUCUUUUACUAAAAACUCUCAUCUCCUGAGACACAAAAUGAGGCAUACCAAGGAGAGGCCAUUUUCGUGCCCCGAAUGCGGGAAAGGUUUUAUACAGAGGUCUGAUGUCAUUCAGCAUCAGAGAAUUCACUCGGGGGAGAAGCCGUUUUCAUGUUCAGAAUGUGGGAAAUGUUUUAGCCGAAGAUCAUCUCUUUCCAUCCAUACGAAAGUUCACACAGGGGAGAAGCCCUACUCCUGUUCAGAAUGUGGAAAGUGCUUCAGCGAAAAGUCACUCCUACUUAUCCAUGCGAGGAGCCACCUGUCUACGAAGCCAUUUUCCUGCUCCGAGUGUGGCAAAUGUUUUACGCAGAGAGCCCACCUUACCUUGCACGAAAUGAAUCACACGGGAGAGAAGCCAUAUUCAUGUUCUGAAUGUGGAAAACGUUUUAAGGAAAGGUCAGUCCUGGUUAUCCAUUUGCGCUCUCACACAUGCGAGAAGCCCUUCUCCUGUUCUGAGUGCGGGAAAUGUUUUGCGCAGAGGGCCUACCUUCAUUUACAUCAGAUGACUCACACUGGCGAUAAACCGUUUACCUGCUCUGAAUGCGGGAAAUGUUUUUUACAGAAAUCCGACCUCGUGAGGCAUCAAAGGACUCACACCGGGGAGAAACCCUAUCCAUGUUCUGAGUGCGAGAAAUGUUUUUCCUCGAGGUCAAGCCUUACUACUCACUUGAAAGUCCACACAGGGGAGAAGUCGCAUUCAUGUCCAGAAUGCGGAAAGUGCUUUAGUGAAAGAUCAAGCCUCACCAUGCAUGGUAGAACACACUCAAAGGAGAAGCCCUUUUCCUGCAUCGAUUGUGGCAAAUGUUUCACCCAGAGAGUCCAUCUGAUUUCCCAUCAAGCCACCCAUUCUGGUCAUAAGCCGUUUUCCUGCUUGGAGUGCGGGAAGUGUUUUUCAUGGGAGAAAGAACUUACUGCACACCACAGGACACACACGGGGGAGAAACCGUAUUCUUGCUCCGAGUGCGGGAAAUGUUUUGCCAAUAGAUCGAACCUUGCCAUUCACAGGAAAAUACACGCGGCUGUGACACCAUUUUCCUGCUCCGAGUGUGGAAAACGAUUUAACAAGAAAGUAGGUCUUGUGUCGCAUCAGAGGACUCACACGGGCGAGAGGCCAUUUUCAUGUUCUGACUGUGGGAAACAAUAUAUACAUAAGUCCUCCCUUGCAUCACAUCUCAAAACCCACAGGAAACAGGAGGUUCCUGGCCCUGAAUGUGACUAUUAACCGCUUCCCGACCGCCGAAUGUAGAUAUACGUCGGCAGAAUGGCACGUACAGGCACA